AGGGAGGUGCCUGGGGAAAGGAUACGCAGAGCUGCUCGGGCCUGAAGGGGGUGCACAGACGGACAGGAGAUGCUGACACUCUGUGAGUCACUGGAAGGCAAACUCAGCUGGGCGUGGAGGGGCCGCAGCCGACGGAAAGCAGAAGAGGAGCCGAGGUGCCAGGAGGGCCGGCCCCCCGCAGGGCCACCUGGGGCUGCAGGUUUGGGGCCGCAAGAGCGGGAUGAAUCCAGGGGACGGGCCCGACCCCUGCUGGCUGCUGACCCGAGCCAGCCAGGCGUGUGGAGAAGCCGUCCAGCAGCUCUGGGGACGCCGACCGGCUGCCGCUGCGGGAGGGACUGGCACUCCGCAGGGAGAAAUACACCCACGGAAAUGAGCACAAGUCACUGGAGACACAUACGCAGCUGCUCACAUCUGCACAGAGGCCACCACCCCAAGCUGGAAACAGCUGGAUGUCUGUCUGUGGGGGACAGGCGGUGCGUGGACCGGAUGUUACACAGAGAUGGGAGUCGUCAGACAACAGCCACACUCGGCGAUGCUUCCCACGGGCACAACAUUCAGCCCAAGAAGCUGACACAAAGGAGCCCAUUACACUUAUCAGCUGGUGCCCAGAGGUGCAGGCGCGGGCGGCUAACCGUGAGGCGUGGGGCAGUGGUUUCUGCAGUGAGGCAGUUGGUGACCUCACGGGAGGGCUGGGGGCAUCUGGGCCCCAUCAGCCGUGGGUUUCCCGACUUGGGGCCGUGAUGGGGCUGCUUUCUAACACGUGCAGCUGGUCAGUUUGGACACCUCUGUGUAUGUGUGUCACACUUCACAAUAAAAAGGACUGUCAAAAAGUAAAGAUGCCUCCAGCAUGUCAGCUCUCCGUUCACACCCCUGUGCCCCAUUGAAAACAUUUACUUGAGGAAACAUUUCAGACAAAAUGAGAAAGAAAUUUAUAAACAAGGAAGACGUUGUACCCAAGAAAAGUGGGUGUA